AUGAGAAACCAUACGACAAUAACGAGUUUCAUCCUCCUGGGACUGACAGAUGACCCCCAGCUACAGAUUCUGAUUUUUAUAUUUCUCCUUAUCACCUACAUGUUGAGUGUAAGUGGAAACCUGACUAUCAUCAUCCUCACAUUAGUGGAUUCUCACCUUAAGACCGCCAUGUACUUUUUUCUCCAAAAUUUCGCAUUCUUAGAAAUCUCAUUCACCUCUGCCUGUAUUCCUAGAUUCUUGUACAGUCUAUCAACAGGAGACAGGGUCAUUACCUACAAUGCUUGUGUAUGCCAACUCUUCUUUACAGACCUGUGUGGAAUAGUAGAGUUUUUCCUCCUGGCCACCAUGUCCUAUGAUCGCUAUGUAGCCAUCUGCAAACCCUUGCAUUACAUGACCAUCAUGAACCACAGAGUCUGUCAAAGGCUCAUCUUCUGCUGUUGGGUGAUUACUUUGUUCCUCAUCCUCCCACCACUUAGCUUGGGGCUAAAUCUGGAAUUCUGUGACUCUAAUGCCAUUGACCACUUUGUCUGUGAUGCUAAUCCUAUGCUGAAGAUCUCAUGCUCAGAUACGUGGUUCAUAGAGAAAAUGGUGGUUGUCUGCUCUGCGCUAAUUCUUUUCCUGACUCUGGUGUGUGUAGUUUUGUCCUACUUAUAUAUUAUUAGAACAACUCUAAGAUUUCCCUCUGCUCAGCAAAGGACAAAAGCCUUUUCCACUUGUUCUUCCCACAUGAUUGUGGUCUCCAUUACCUAUAGCAGCUGCAUCUUUGUCUAUAUCAGACCUUCAGCAAAAGAUGACAUGGCCAUCAAUAAAGGGGUGUCAUUACUUGCUACUUCCAUUUCCCCCAUGUUAAACCCAUUUAUUUAUACUCUGAGGAACAAGCAAGUGAAACAAGCCUUUAACAACUUAGUCAAACGAACUCUAAGAUUUCCCUCUGCUCAGCAAAGGACAAAAGCCUUUUCCACUUGUUCUUCCCACAUGAUUGUGGUCUCCAUUACCUAUAGCAGCUGCAUCUUUGUCUAUAUCAGACCUUCAGCAAAAGAAGAUGGCCAUCAAUAA